GACUUCCAAGCAGCCACUGAACUGAAAGCAACUAGAAUGUCCCAAUCUGUAAUCAAAAGCCUUGGGGCUCUUCAUAACGAGUUUCCUGUCGAAUUCAAGAACCUUGAAGGGGAAAAAGAAGCAAUCGAUAAAUAUAUAAAAGACUCUCAAGAAAGAACUGAUAAUUUGAUUAAAUCAAUGUCAGAGAAAGAUCGGACGAUUUACAGUAAUUACUGUAAGAAGUAUGGACUAGAUGGCAAUUAA